AUGAAUUAUACCAAUGAGAACUUCCAGAACUACAGAGAUAGAGUCGAUCUCUUCGGCCAAUUCUAUAACAUACUUGCUGAAUUCCAACUUAAAGUCAAGAAAGAGGACAAGGAUAACUACACUGAGUGCGUAUAGCAUAUAUCUUAACUGUCAACUAUUGUCGCAAAUGUUGAGUCUUAAUAAGAUGCCAAUAUGGAAACCUUUAAAAAGACACUUAAUGAACUAAUUCCAUAACUUAACAACUAAAUUAAUGAACUUCAUGAUGAAGCAAGAAACCCUAUCUUCCUUUCUGGAGAAGCAAAUAUGUUCGACAUGCUCAGACAACUCGAUGAAUUAGAGCAGAGAUUCAAAGAACUCGAGAAUAGUCUUGCAGACUCAGCCAACUAUCUUUGA